UCCCCAGCCUCGUCACGCACAAACAAACCUCUUCAUUCACAAAUUCAGAUGGCAACUGCAGUGCUGCUUCCAUGGCUGCUAUGGCUUGUCCUCUCCCUCAUUGCUCUCUACCUUCUCGACCUCUUUGCACACGCUCGCCGCGGCCUCCCGCCGGGGCCCCGCCCGCUUCCACUAAUCGGAAGCCUCCACCUCCUGGGUGGCCAGCCGCACCGCUCCCUCGCCCGCCUCGCCAAGAUCCACGGCCCGAUCAUGUCCCUCCGCCUGGGCUCGGUCACCACCGUGGUCGUCUCCUCCCCGGACGCCGCGCGGGAGUUCCUGCAGAAGCACGACGCCGUCUUCGCCAACCGAUCCGUGCCCGACGCGGUCGGAGACCACGCAAGGAACUCCGUGCCCUGGCUGCCGCACUCCGCGCGGUGGCGCGCCCUCAGGAAGAUCAUGGCCACCGAGCUGUUUGCGCCGCACCGCCUGGACGCGCUCCAGGGCCUGCGCUGCGAGAAGGUGCAGGAACUCGUAGACCACGUCGGGCGGCUGGCGCGGGAGAGCGCGGCGGUGGACGUCGGCCGCGUGGUGUUCACGACGGGGCUCAACCUCCUCUCGCGCACCAUGUUCUCCCGCGACCUGACCAGCUUGGAGGACCACGGUGGGUCCAAGGAGUUCCAGGAGGUGGUGACCGAGAUCAUGGAGACGGCGGGGAGCCCCAACCUGUCGGACUUCUUCCCAGCGCUCGCGGCGGUCGAUCCUCAGCGCCUGCGCCAGAAGCUGGCAGGGCUGUUUGCACGGCUGCACCAGUUGUUUGACGUCGAGGUCAACAGGAGGCUGCGCGAGCGCGAUGCCUGCGAGCCCCGGAAGAACGACUUCCUCGACCUGCUGCUCGACGCCACCGGAGGAGGCUUGACCACGGCGGGGCUUGAUCGUGACACGCUCCGGUCAUUCUUCACGGAUUUGUUUGCUGCAGGAAGUGAUACAAGCUCCAGCACAGUGGAAUGGGCCAUGGUGGAGUUGCUCAGAAACCCAGUUUCAAUGGCUAAACUAAGCAACGAGCUCGUAGAGGUAAUUGGUUCAAGAAGAAAAAUUGAAGAAUCUGACAUAGGCCAGCUGCCCUAUCUUCAAGCUGUGAUUAAAGAAACUUUCCGGCUGCAUCCUCCUGUUCCAUUGUUGCUACCACGCCAAGCAGAGGCUGCAACAGAAAUAAUGGGCUAUAUGAUUCCUAAAGGCGCUCGUGUUCUUAUAAAUGUUUGGGCAAUGGGUAGAGAUAAUGACAUUUGGCCUGAGCCGGAGAAGUUUAUGCCCGAGAGAUUUUUGGAAAGUAUGAUUGAUUUUAGAGGUGGAGACUUUGAACUCAUACCAUUUGGUGCAGGACGUCGGAUCUGUCCUGGGAUGGCGUUAGCUACUAGGAUGGUGCAUCUGGUUCUUGCAUCACUAUUAAAUCAAUUCAAAUGGAGGCUCCCGGCUGAGGUUGAAAGAAAUGGUGUUGAAAUGGCUGAAAAGUUUGGCGUGACGCUUAAAAAGGCCAGCCCUCUUUGCGCAAUUGCUACACCAAUCUGACCAAGCAGACCAGUUUAAUCAGAACACCAUUUUUACAGGUUCAAUUGAUGAAUAGCCUUUCAUGCGUGGGAUUCAAAUAAUUGAUACUGUACAAUACUGUCAUUUAGCAAGAAUGUUAUUCCAGUACAGUUGUUUAAAUUAUUUGAAAUUCAAAAAAGAAAGAAUCCAAUGAUGCUACAA